UCAUACUGUUAAUUCUUAGUAGUCUUGAGUGUUAAUCCAUCCUUAUAUGAUUUUUAAUUUUUUUUAUAAGCUAAUCAAAGUGUUAACUCGCGAAUUUAUUAACAAUUUAUAAAAAGUUGCAGAAUUUUUUUUUUAAUUUAAAAAAUUUAAUUAUUUUUUGUGAUCAUGUGUAGAUUUUUUUGAAUUUAAUUGUGAUAGUGAUUUAAUGAGACUAUUUAAACAGUUAUUUAGUUAAUGAAAUUAUGAAGAAUAUUCUAUUUAAAAUUAAAUGUGAAUCAUGAGCUUGCAUUUUCUUCGAUGAAAUUAAAACCGUUCGAAGCCAUUGGAAGCAGUGAAGAAGAUGGCGGUAGGGUGAAUUGAACAAAAUUUAACUCUUGGAGAUGCGGCUGCUGCACAAAACGACUGUUGUUGUCAUCGCCAUCCUCGGCGGAUUUUCGCUGAUGGUAUCAUCAGAAACCGAGGACAGGAAAUAUCCAAUCGUUGAGGACGUCAAUCAUCGAAAUGAGGACAACAUCAGCAACAACAGCAAUAGAAGUAGCUCUGCUGGAUUUCCCUGUGACCAGUGCGUUGGAAAACUUGAAAUUGAGGUCGCCGCACAUCAGACUAAAGUAACCGAGAACGUGAUAAUAAAAAUGGAUGCUGCUGAAUUGAAGAUGUUUUCCAAUCCCAAAUGGACAAACAUCACUACCGCCAUUCUCCCAAUGAGAACAACAACAUCAACAACAGCUGACAUGCCAUCUGAAAAAUUACUGUCUGAAGUAACUUCUAGAAAACAAAAUGAUUUUUUAUUUAUAAAUCCAAAGCCAUGGAGUUGGAUAAUUCCUUCGGAAGUAGAGCAAGACAACAGAGUUAAACGGAAUGAUAGAAACUUUAAACAAGAGUUUCCGAGGGCGGAAAACCUUACUCAGACAAUACCGGACACUAAACCCCAAGUUGAUGAGUCGGUAGAAAUUGCAUCAGACACAUUGAUUCCUCCAGCAUUUCGGGCUACUGAAACGAUCCAACCUGAUGGCAACGAUGAGAUCUCGGAUCCAAAUAAAAAACAGCCUAAAUCCCAGAACCAAUUAGUUGAUUUAGAUGAACCGAGUUCGAGAAAACCGAAACCCAUGUUCACGGCAUCAGUCCAAGUGCAAAGUGCCAAACAGAUAUUUCCCAGCACUUUAGACACUCGAAACUCAACGGUCGUUUCAAGCCACUCAGAAAUCGAGCAGUUGGCAGAGGCCACCCUUGAAACGCCAUUGAUCGUUGAACCCCAAGUAUUGGGCGCAAGUAUGUGGCUUUCCAAGAACGCUUCUCAUCAACAAGAAGAUGAUAAACCACCUUACUUGAAGAAAGAUCAUUCCAAGCCCUCCAUCAAUUUAGUUGAUGGCAAACCCAGCAAAGUAUUCUAUGAAAUAAAGCCCUCGUUGAACACUGCGAUGGAUGAUGACGACAUCGCCAGAACCCGUGCGCCAGUUAUCACAUCAACGAAACGUAGUUUCCUGUCCGGGUUCAAAAUUCCAAGCAUUCCCAGCUCUUUCGGCAAAUACGGACCAUACUUUCUGGACGACGUCGACGGACGCAACAUCACGGAACGUAUUGGCAGCACCGUUCUACUGGACUGCCGCAUUGGUCUUCUGGGUGAUAAAAAGGUGACCUGGUUGCAACAUGAUAAAGAUUCAAUUCGGCUUCUAACCGUAGGCAAUGUGCAGUACAGCGCAGAUGAAAGGAUCAGCUUAAAAUUUCAAUAUCCGGACAACUGGAGAUUACAGAUUGCAUAUGCAACACUUCGGGAUAAUGGGCUCUACAAGUGCCAGGUGGAAAUCGAUCCAGCACACUCACUUGUAAAAAGAUACAACGUUAUCAUCACAGCGCCAGUCCUCAAUAUAACCGACGAUUCAGGACGAGCGAUAUCUGGCGAGAGACACCUGAAAGCCGGCAGUGCUCUGAGGUUGAGGUGCGAGGGCCGCGAUAUCCUCGAAAGACUCAACGAAUCCUUGCUGUGGACUAGAGGGGACGAAACUCUUACAUCCAAUGUCAGUGAAAAUAGAACAACUGAAAUAGCGGAUGACAAGGAAAUUUCAGUGAUCGUAAGUUCUCUUACAAUCGAGAAAGCGAGUCCACGUCACGCUGGAAAUUACAGUUGUAUUGUCCCAGAACGAGCCAAGACCACCAUAGCUGUGCACGUUCUCAAUGGUGAACUUCCGGCUGCUGUACACGGCAGCGGCGUAUCGCGAGCUGUCCUCAAUAUUUGGCUAAUUCACUUGACCAUAAGCUCCGGAUUCUUCAGAUGACACUAAGGAUGGAAAUAUUUAAAGAUAAAUAAAACUCCAUGCAGCUUGUUCCAGUUUUAAAAUAUAAAUUAUUAUGUGGACUCAAAUUUAUAUAGAUACGUGUAUUGAAUAGAAACCCAAAAGAAUACGAAGAAUAAAAAUCUAUAAACAGUUGAAAAUAAAAAAAAAAAAAAAAAAGAAACAUGAAGAAGAAGACGAAGAAGUAUGAAUGAAAAAUAUAUGUAAAAAGAAAAACAGAUCGCCGAUGCCAUGCUGAAAUAAUUUAUUACCAAUAUAUAUUCUUUAUCUGAUAAAGGAUGAAGCAUUUUUCAUAAACGGAAGCUAGUAUCCGUCUUAAAUUUUUACCAAGCUGUGAAUCACUUUUCUCUCACCCUAAACCUCCAUGACUACAUUUUUCCUCAGCUUUAAAACCUUAUAAAAAAUUUUUAUAAAAUAGUUUAAAUUAAAAUCUAAAGCUUCGGAAAAUUGCACUCAGCAUCGAUGAAAUAAAUCGUUAAUAAUAAAAAAAAAACCAUCGAUAUUUAUCUUGUAGUAUCCCUGAUUAAACAACUGAAUUCGAUCGAAUUAAACAGAAUUGAAUUUUUAAUUCUAUAUAAUUCAGAUAAAUUCUAUUAAUACGGUACCGAAAUAAAAAAAAUAAUUCUGUCUAAUUCGGCAGGAAAACCAGAAUUUUUCCAAAUUAAAAUAAUUCUAUUCAGUUUAAUUCGAAAAUAAUUCUCAAAUUUCGGUCCUGACUCCGCAUUAAACCGAAUUGAAACUAAUUCAAAAAUUUGAAAUCGGUUUUAUUCUGUUUAGUUCGAUAAUAAUUCUUGAAUUCUUUUAAAUUCUGUCUUACCGAGUUUGACAGAAUAUAGGGGAGGGAGGGGCAAAAGGGGGUACUUAAGGAAAUACCAAGUUUUCGAGGACUCAAAUACGCGAAAUCUUUUUUUUUUUAAUGAUAUUCAAAGUAAAUAGAAGAAAUUUUCAGUUACCGUUGGAAAAAAAAAAUUUUUCAUUUCUGCGGGCAAAGUGGGGUACCCCCUAAAAAAAGUAAAAAAAAAAAUUCUGGAUUUUAAACGAAUUUGAUUAAGUUGAAUUUUUUUGUAAGUAAUUUACAUGAAGAAAAAUUAUAUUUUACAUGUUCAUUAGAUACAAAAAAAGAAAAAAAAUUUUUAAUAGUUUUUAUCAUAAAACAAACGUCAUUAAUAUUUUUCAACUGACAAUUUAUUUUUGAAAAAGUUUACCAAAAAAAAUUCAAAGUGCCGCUUAAUUAUAUUUACAGAAGUGAUUUUGGAAUGUUUAAAAACCAUUUAAAAUAUAAAAUUUUUUUUUAUCAAAUUUUGGGAGUACCCCCUUUUGCCCCCCUUCCCCUAACAGAAUUGAAAUUUUCAAUUGUUGAAUUGUGUUUUGCAGAAUUGAGCAGAAUUAAAAUUUUUAAUUCGGUCGAAUUCCGUUGUUUAAUCAGGGAUAAUCGGUAUACAUUUGACUGGAAAAAUAAACUAAGCAAUAAUUUGCAUAUAUAUCAAAUAUAAAAAAUAUAAAAGUAUAAAAAGAAAUCGGGUGUAAAUCAGUGAUGCCAGAACGUGGGAUUUUUUUACCCCUUCCUGUGGUGAAGUAGUCUGGAGCGUAAUGCUGGGAGGGGGUAAAAAAAUCCCACGUUCUGGCAUCACUGUAAAUUAUUAGAGAUGAAAAAGUAAAUCUUGAAGCCUUGGUAAAUUUAAAUCUAAACAAAAGUUUGAUCUCUAUCGCUGGAUUAUUUAUAGUGUUAUUAUUCACCCAGUAAUCGAGAAUAUACAGAUGGUAUGAAUAAAAUAAGAACAAAGAAAACGAAAAAAUUUAUAUAUAAAGCCUAUUUCUACUGGCCAUCUGCUACCAGUGGUCUUGUAUCACCCGAUUCCAUUUAAAUGCACAAAAUCGGCUCGACUUAAUAAUAGAGCUCCAAUAUAACCUAACGCCGUCACACUAAUGGUCCAGGUUUAGCGGUUGAUUGGCAUUCACUGCAGAACCAUUACCUUCGAUCUUUCUAAUUUUUAAUUUCACCGACCCUCUAAUUUUCUCAACGAUUUAAUUGACAAUCUUUUCUUGAUUAAUAUAAACCCUCUCAUCUUUAAUAUUCAUUCCAUAUUUUUUUGUCAUCAAUUAUUUACGUUAAAAAAACUCCCUAUUGGACUGAUUAAGUAGAAAAAAAAGAAAUAUUAAAUUAAAUUAAAUAACCAAAGGGAUACCAAUUAAUUGUGAUGAGUGAAAAAAACGUAUCAUAAGGUCGCUUACUUAAACUUUAUAAAUAAUUAAUAAACCAAAUCGUAUUAAUUAAGAAAAAAUAAUUGUAAUACACAAUAUCGAAAAAAGUUUUAUUUAUAAGUACGAUCGAUUUACAAUAAGAUUAUAUUUUUAUAUGUAAAUAUGUCGUUUUCUCUCUUGUUAUCAAAUACAUUUAAUAAUAUAUAAGUAUCAUAUGUGGGUAAUAUCUUCGAUAAUUUCUUUAAUAAAUUUAUAAUAUGUUUGUUAAAGUUAAUUAUGUGACGAGGAAUUACAGAAAACGGUUUCAGAUUAAAGUGAAGUUGAUUGCGUGAGCCGAAGGUGAGAGCUGCCAUCACCCAGGUCUGAAAUCGUAUUUUAUCCCGUAUUAUUUUUUUUGAAAUUCUAUCUGGGGAAGAUUUGGAAUUUCAGUCAGAGUUGAAAUGAAAUCAGACAUGAGUUUAUUGCAAGAUUUAAUGCGUGGAAAUUUAUAUUAGUGUGAAGUUGGCUGCAUAAUCCGAAGGCAAUGGCUGCCAUCCUUAACCUCAACUCACGUAUUCUUUACUUUAGUUCUCGAUAUCUUUUAAGUAUGAUCCUGGUGUCUAGAUAAUUAACAACUUUCAAAUUUUUUUUCAACAAAAAAAAAAAUGCACAUGUAGAAAAUUAAAAAAGCUACACAGAAAAAAAGGAUUUCUUGGCGCAAAAAAUUUUUACUUGAGCCAAGAAAUUUUUUGUAUUAUAAACUAAAAACAAAACUUUUCUUGGGGUAAGAUAAAAUUUUCUUGGAACAAGAAAAAAAUUUUUUAGGCGAGAAAAAAAUUCUUGAGCCAAGAAAAAUUUUUGUCUUCAAUUCAUAAUACAAAAUAUUUCUUGCGCCAAGAAAUUCUUUUUUUCUGUGUAUAAGUGCAAUUUUUUAAAUAACUUUUUUUUCUAUAAUUUAUCAUUUUUACACUGUGAAAAAUUCCCAAUAAAUUUUACUAUAGGUGCAUAGUAACACCGGACUAUAAGAAAACUGAUUCAAAAUUUACAAGUGUCCCAGUAAACCUAUGCGCAGACUACACGAUUGUGGCCUAUGCGCAUACGUUUACUAUGAGACACUUGUAAAUUUUGAAUCAGUUUUCUUAUAGUCCGGUGUUACUAUGCACCCAUAGUAAAAUUUAUUGGGAAUUUUUCAGUGUAGAAAAAUCUAAAAAUUAUUAGACCCCGGCUAACUUUAGUAUCAGCUUGCAAGUUUAGCAUCAGCAGCCAGUUGGAAUAAAUCAAUUAGUUAUUACUGAAGUAACUAACAAAUGUCACAUCGAUUGGACUGAAGUAAAUGUCGAAUGCUUGUUUCUGAUUACAAGCAUUUCCGAUUGAUGCACUCAUGCGUCAAUAGUUGUCAGUGGCAUUACAUCUGAAAUCUGAAAUCGACAUGUUUCAGCUGACUGUUGACGCAUUUUAAUUGUCCAAGUUCCAGUUCGGGGAUUACAUAAAAAAGUAAUUUUUUUUUUUUUUAAUCUACCAUUUUUUUGGCAGGAAAUUUUGAUCUAUGAAUUACAUCUAGGCCGCGAAAUAACAUUCGUACACUAACAUCUAAAUGAAUUAGCAUAUGUAAAUUCGACUAUCGUAUUCAUCACAAACCUAUCGCUGUUGAUUACGUCAUGAAUAUUUUCCAAGCAUUCAAAACUCUCAUAAUGCAUCGUAUUAUUUUUUUAAAUUCUUAGUAACAACUUGUGUUAAUUUAUUCAUACAAUAUGAUAACUUUAAAAAAAUACGAUUCCAAUAACUUCGGUAACGUGAAAAUAAAUAACGACUACUCAUACAUUAACGCUAAUUAGAUUCAACAUAAAUUAAAUUUUCCAGCAAGACAAACUGUUGCUAGCAUUCAUAUCCAAUAGAACAGAUAGCCGCGAGCUUUUAGUUAUAAAUUAUUUCAACAUAAACGUUCAUCAAAAUUUCACAUUCGCAGUAACUUUUGUUUUAAUUAAAAAUAUAAUUAAUAUUUUUUUUUUUUAAUUACUUGCUCAAGUAUUCGAUGAACAAUAGAAGAAUUAAAAAAAAAAUAAUGCGCGUAGGGGAAGGGGGGGCAAAACGGGAUAGGCCGGCAAAAUGGGAUACCCUCAAAAUUUCGUCAAAAUUUUUUUUUCUCGAAAAACUUUCGAAAAUGGUCAAAAAUGACAUCUAGUAUCAUUUUACACUAUUAAAAGCUAAAAAAAAACAUUUUUAUAUUUUUUGCAAAAAGUAUAAUAUUGGCGCCAAUUUCAAAUUUUGAAAAGAAAUAACAAGGAAAAACUUCUUUAAAAAUAUGUUGAGAGUAAAUUUUAUUACUUACAUCAAUUUAGAAAGACAUUAUUAAAUCAAUUUUAUUCACUUGAAAAAAAAAAAAAAAAAAAUUUACUUUUUUUUGCGGUAUCCCAUUUUGCCCGCAGAAAAUAAAAAUUUUUUUUCUGAUGGCAGUCUAAAAUUCGUUAUAUUUAUUUCAAAUAGAAUCAAAAUGAAGCCAAUUUACGAUAUUUAUGUCCCUAAAAACUAAAUUUUUCGUUAAGUAUCCCAUUUUGCCCCCCCCUUCCCCUAUGUGUUUUAUAAAAUAGACGUUUUUUGUCACGACAGAGAUUGAGGAAAAAAAAAUCAGCUGGAAAAUACGGGAGUCUGUUUUCUCUUAUUACUCGCGCUUUACUUUCGGUUCGUGUCGUUUCUUUACAGCCGGAGCUUAUUCGUCAGUUUAUAUCCGCAGUAACAGCAACAAUGUUUCCAACAUACGAGAAUCACACCCGUGAUCAUUCAGUGUUCGGAAAUCCGCGCUUUACUUUGAACUUCCGUAAAUUGCAGUCCUAAUUUUUUUAUUUUAUUUUUUUAUUUAUUUGUACGAAGCCUUUGAAAAGGUAGCCACAGUUUUUAUCUUUUUAUCCUUUAUCCUAUCGCACGAUCUACUUUCCAACGAAGGAAAAAAGGAACGAGCGAAUUCUUUGAUUUCCAAUAAAGAAAAAAAAUUACGCUCGUUAGCUUGGCUGUUGCCACUUUUAUUACAUCAAUAAAUCCGUCAUCCUUUGUCACAAAUAAUCCUCAUUAAAUUACAUAUUUUACUCAUAAUUGAUCAAACGUCUUCUAUCAUUCAAAAGAAGUAAAAAAUUAUUGAAGGUAAAAAAAACCCACGAUAUUGAUGUUAAUUAUUAAGAAAUAACUUAUUAUAUAAAAUAAUUAUAAAUGAAUUAUUUAUAAGUGUAUAGUUGUUUAUAUGUAAAUUACAAUAUUAAAAGUUUACUGUGAAGAUAAUGUGACGUUGCGCAAAUAUGUGCGCGUGCGAAUGCGUCGAUUGAGUUGUGCGAUAUUAAACUAAGACAUGUUUUAAUUAUAAAUUAUAAUAUUUAUUAAUUAACAAAAUAAUAUUAAUGUCACUUGUACAGGCAAUUAUAUAUUGCAUCGAUAAAUAAAUUGA